GAGUCACAUGAUCUUGUUGAGGCAGACGGGCUGAGGAGGAAAAUGGCUGCGUUCCUGCAGUGGAGACGGUUCGUGUUUUUUGAUAAAGAAACGGUGAAGGAUCCGAAUGAAAAUGUUAAGAACUUUGCUCUGCCUCACGGGAUCUCGGCCUGUGAUUCCGGCCGGGGGCACAUUGUGCUCGGAGAUAUGGAUGGUCAGAUCUGGUUUUUAACGCGCUCUCUGCAGCUGACCGCCUUUCAAGCCUACAAGCUGCGAGUGACGCACCUGUACCAGUUAAAGCAGCACAGCAUACUGGUUUCUGUGGGACAGGACGAGCAUGGCAUUAACCCACUGGUCAAGGUAUGGAACACAGAUAAGAGGGACAGUGGCAGUCCUCUGUGCACCCGCAUAUUCCCAGCCAUUCCUGGGAACAAACCCACAGAAGUGUCCUGUCUCAGUGUACAUGAGAACCUGAACUUCAUGGCCAUAGGCUUUACAGAUGGCAGUGUAGUUCUGACUAAAGGUGACAUCACCAGAGACAGACACAGUAAAACAUUAACUCUUCACGAGGGAAACUGCCCGGUCACUGGUCUGGCUUUCCGCCAGGCAGGAAAAGUCACCCACCUGUUUGUAGCCACUCUUGAGAAAGUACAGUGUUACACGCUAUCAGUUAAAGAGUACCCCCGUGUGGAGUUGGACACACACGGCUGUGCCCUGCGCUGUUCUGCCCUCACAGACCCCUCUCAGGACUCUCAGUUCAUUGUAGCAGGAGACGACUGUGUGUAUCUGUACCAGCCUGAUGAAAGGGGGCCUUGCUUUGCCUUUGAUGGACAUAAGAUCCUGGCCCACUGGCACCGGGGCUACUUACUGCUGCUUACACGAGACACCAAGUCACCUAACAAGCCUGACUUUGGGAGCAGAGAGACUUCUCCAACAGAAAAACAAGUCUUAACAAUUUAUGACUUGGACAAUAAGUUCAUCGCCUACAGUGCACCAUUUGAUGACAUCAUAGAUGUCCUGGCAGAGUGGGGUUCGUUCUACGUCUUGACAAGAGACAAAAAAAUGUACAUGCUGCAAGAGAAGGACACCCAGACGAAGUUAGAGAUGCUAUUUAAGAAGAACCUGUUUGUGAUGGCCAUCAACCUCGCAAAGAGCCAACAUCUGGAUAAUGAUGGCCUGUCUGAGAUAUUCAGACAGUAUGGAGAUCAUCUCUACAUCAAAGGAGACCAUGAUGGAGCGAUUCAGCAGUAUAUUCGAACCAUUGGAAAACUUGAACCUUCGUAUGUCAUCCGUAAGUUCCUGGAUGCUCAGAGAAUCCACAACCUAACGGCGUACCUGCAGGCUCUCCACAGGCAGUCUCUGGCCAAUGCAGAUCACACCACACUGCUGCUCAACUGCUACACUAAACUGAAGGACAGCUCCAAGCUGGAGGAAUUCAUUAAGAGCAGUGAAAGUGAGGUGCAUUUUGACGUGGAGAUAGCCAUAAAAGUGCUGCGUCAGGCUGGUUAUCACAGUCACGCUGUGUUCCUGGCAGAGAAACAUUCACACCAUGAAUGGUAUUUGAAAAUCCAGCUGGAGGAUUUAAAGAAUUACCAGGAGGCACUGCGCUACAUAGGGCGACUGCCGUUUGAGCAGGCAGAGACCAAUAUGAAGCACUACGGUAAAACUCUGAUGCACCAUGUUCCUGAGAGCACCACUGUGCUGCUGAAGAGGCUCUGUACAGAUUACCAGCCCAGCAAAGACUCCACUGACCAGGACAGUCUGGACAGGUCCAUGGUUGAUAAGGCCAAUUCUGAAGAGUUCAUCCCCAUCUUUGCCAAUAACCCACGAGAGCUACGUGCAUUCCUUGAGCACAUGAUCAAAGUGGAACCAUCAUCACCACAGGGUGUGUAUGAUACUCUGCUGGAGCUUCGACUGCAGGACUGGGCCCAUGAACAGGAACCUGAGAAGAAGAAGGCCCUACAGGAGGCAGCAUUGUCACUGCUGAGGCGAGAGAACACCGUGUUUGAUAAGGCUCUGGUGCUCUGCCAAAUGCACAACUUUAAAGAGGGAGUGCUCUACCUCUAUGAAAAGGGCAAGCUGUACCAGCAGAUCAUGCACUACCACAUGCAGAAUGAGGAGUACUCGAAGGUCGUGGAGGCGUGCAAGACCUAUGGUGAUAAGGAGGUUUGUCUGUGGGAGCAGGCCCUGGGCUACUUUGCGCGAAAAGAAGAAGACUGCAAAGCUUACAUAAGUGAAGUCCUACAACACAUUGACCAGAAUAACCUCAUGCCACCUCUUCUGGUGGUGCAGACACUGGCUCAUAACUCCACAGCAACACUGUCUGUGAUUAAGGAUUACCUGAUUAAUAAACUGCAGAGGGAGAGCCAGCAGAUUGAGGAGGAUGAACGGAAGAUCCGGCAGUACCGUGAGGAGACAGCACACCUACGCUCUGAGAUCCAAGAGCUCCGUACCAGCGCAAAGAUUUUCCAGAAGACGAAGUGUAGUAUGUGUAACAGCCCUCUGGAAUUGCCGUCAGUGCAUUUCCUGUGUGGCCACUCUUUCCAUCAGCAUUGUUUUGAGAGCUAUGCUGAGAGUGAGGCUGAGUGCCCCACCUGCACGCCAGAGAACAGGAAGGUGAAGGACAUGCUGCGAGCACAGGACCAGAAACGAGACUUGCAUGAUCAUUUCAACAGACAGUUGAAGAGCUCCAAUGACGGCUUCUCAGUGGUGGCAGAUUACUUUGGCCGUGGCGUAUUCAAUAAACUCACUCUGAUCACAGAUCCUCCUGGUGGCAAGGCUGGAUCCGGAGGUUUGGAAGCGGAUCUACAGAGAGACUUGCUCAUUCACACUAAAAGAAAUGUCUGAGGAUCAGGCUCUCAUCGACAUCAUACUUCUCAAAUUUCGAGCUACAAACCAGGUUCAGUUUUUGUGCUUCAAGUUCUGUUGGCCUUAUUGCCUUGAGGAGUUGGUGGUACAUCAUAUUGUGUGAAGCUUGGUUCAAAAUCUAUUCUGUCUGUGCUCUUUCAAAUCACUCCUGCAAAAUGAAGUUUUUGUAACAUGAAGAAAUAUCUUAAUCCCUGAGAAGAAAUUUAAAGACACUUUGGAGCAAACAUGAACGAAUCAUCCUAUACAGCUACCUGUGGCCUAAUCUAGCAGAAACUGCUUUUGUAUGCCUGUAAAUGACCUGUGAAUAUAACUAACGUAUGAAUGUUGUCCCUUUUUAUGCUUUUUUUCUUUUGCAAUUUGCUAUGACUAAUAUGUUCUUGGCGUUUAAUUGUAUGUUAUCCUGUAGAUGCACCAUGAGACUUUAAAUGAACAUUCAGUUGCUGCCGUCUACAGUAGAGCUUAUUAUCAAUACAAAGAAAUGUAAUGUCUUUUCAAAUUUAUGGUAUUAACUAAUAUAAAAAAUCUGUUUACUUGGAUGUGCAUGAAAUGUCCAUCACUGUGCACAGUACUUGUUCUGGUAAAUUGGUCAUUGUUACACUAACGACAACAUAAAAAUAAAGAACUAAAACAUA